AUGGAAGAAACACCGGUGAAAGAUGGAGCCUCCCAGCUCUCUCAGCUUUGGGAAGCUAAUUCCACAGUGCGUCGUCGUGCAGCUACGUAUGUCAUGGUGAAGCUGCCUCCCAGUGGCCGGAUUGAUCGUGCCUGCAUCGACCUCAAUGAAGAGGUCCUGGAACCCAUCAUCCAAGAGUUGGGGACGCGAGUCGGGGUUGAUGCACUCGAAGAGCACGUAUUUUGCCUCUACAAGCUGAUGAAACUUGCUCUUUCAGGUCCUCAGGCAUCUGCUCUUGCCUGGUCCUUGAAAAGGCUGGUUUCGGUCUUCAAGAGAUCGAUCGCCCGGCCCCACCGACCCAGGUCUGCCGUGAUCAGAAAAAUCAUGACCAGUGCCGGGAUUCCGGUGCCAGCCCGUGCCGCCGGUGAUGAUGAUGAUGAAAGUACUGACUAUCACGAAGAUGGUGAUGAGGGAGAGGAAGAGGAGGAGAUGGAGGAAGACCCUCCAAUGGAUAUCGAUCUGAGACCGGAAGAUGUAGUGGCGGAGAAGGCACCCGAUGCACCCCUCCUGAGCCUUGCACCCCCCUUGAAGAAAGCCAAAACGGAGUGUUUUGAGGAGGGCUCUGCAAAGGCUGGCGCCGGUGUGUUGGUGCCAGCGACUCCCAGUGAUUCCGCCCGCGGGGCACGCAAGACAGCUCCAGUCCCCGAGCAUCGGCCUCCCACGGAGCCCAUCGUGGCCCCCACUGCUGUCACCACUGUUGUUGAAACUGCCACCAAAACUCAUGGAACCCCCACCCCACCCCAUGAUGGUGGACGUGCUGCCCACAAAGAUCGGAUGAAGAGGUUGAAAGCCAUUUUCGAGAGUGGCAAGAAAGCUAAGGAUGAGGAAGCAGGUCUCGCGAGGAGCUUCCACGUGAUACUGAAGCUCAGUGGAGAUGUUGCGGAGUGCCAGGCCUGUGGACUGACAGGUUCCAUUGACAUGUUCAACACGAUGGAGUGCACAGACAAUCUGGAGACCCAGGUUUGGGAUCAGGAUUCGCAGCCUCCGUAUGAUCCGUUGUGCAAGGCUUUGUCUUUUGAAGGGGCAGAGGAGGGGACCGAGACUUCCAACCCCGCCCCGAAAGACACCAUCCCCGAUGCUCUCAUCAGUGUGGGUAGCCCGACACGCAAAACCGCAGCUAGCAAGAAAGGCUUGAAGGACCAGGAGAAACAUGAGGCCGACAAGGGCCAGGAGAAACCUGAGGCUUGCGACAAGGGCCAGGAGAAAGCUAAGGUGUGCGACAAGGGCCACAAGGAGAAAGCUCACCCUCCCAAGGAGAGCCUGAAGCCUGAGGCUGCUGAGGGAUCGCUUCCGGCGAAGCCUGCAUGCAUGGAUAAGAUUCCUGCUUCCAUGUCACCCGAUGAGCAAGUCGGUCGCCCAGUGAAGGAAACGGCCGAAACCGACGAGGAGGAGCAGCAAGAGGGCUUCGAAGAUGUCGAGAUGGCUGAGGGCAGCGAAGGUGAGGGCGAUGAUGAUGAUGGAGAGCAGGAUCUGGACGGGGAGGAAAUGGAGGACGAGGAAGGGGAGGAGUCAGAUGAGGAUCAUGAAAUGCAUGAAAUGCCAGCGAAGCGGCCAGCAGGCAAAAUCGCCACAAAGGCACCCAAGGCGAAGGCCAAGGCAAAAGGCAGAGGAAAAGGAAGGGGAGGAGCCAAAGGCACACCCAAGGCAAAGGCGAAGGCUAAGGGUAAGGCAAAAGCGAAGGCGAAGGCAAAGAGCUCCUCAAAGAAGGCACCCAAAGGGACCACUGAGGAUGAGAUGAAAAAGCUCAAGAGCAGAAAGUCCGUGGCGUACCACAAGGCCCGAGCGGAGGCCCUGGCUGCAGGUAUGUCGGCUGAGGAAGCAUCGGAGAUCGCCAAGGAGGCUACUUGA